CUGCAAUUUAAAUGUUUCAUAAUCAUUUAAUUUGAUAACUCUUUUGUCAGCCAGCUUUUUUUUUAAGCAGUAAAAGAAAACUGAACAGAAUUAGGCUUUUGAUGUCUUCAUGUUUGUCUAUAACUCUUCCUCUAAGAAGACAAGAAAUAACACCUGAAGAAAUGAAAUGUUUUCAAAAGUGGAGCAGGUUUUAUCCGAGGCUCCGUUUGUAAAUGAGGAAAUAAAAUUCACAUUCACAGCGCUGCUCCUCUUCCUGGAAUGAACCACAGCUUGAUGACCCCUCCUUCUUCCUCCUGCUCUCACACACAGCCUGCUCCACUCUGUCCACAUAUUUCCCUGUUCCCUCCCCUUCAGAUCUACAGUUUUAAAGAUGGGAGUAACCAACAUGGUGGUCAAGCGACAGAGCUGACAGGCUCCAUUCACUGAACAAACGCAUGUUGUUCAGAUCAGAAGUCAAAGCAGAGUCGCUUCUAGUAAAGUGAAACUCAGACAGUUGUUAUUGAGAGAUGAAAUGGCGCAGAAAGGACUUCAGCUGGAUCGGGAAACCUUCUCUUGUUCCAUCUGUCUGGAUCUACUGAAGGAUCCGGUGACUACUCCCUGUGGACACAGCUACUGCAUGAACUGUAUUAAAACCCACUGGGAUGAAGAGGAUGUGAAGAAUCUCCACAGCUGCCCUCAGUGCAGGCAAACCUUCACCCCGAGGCCUGUCCUGCUGAAAAACACCAUGUUAGCAGUUUUAGUGGAGGAGCUGAAGAAGACCGGACUACAAGCUGAACACAAAGGCCACGACACAGUCUCAGCUGCAGCAGAAAGGACUGAGAGGCAGAGAGAGCUGGAAGUGAGUCGACUAAACAUCCAGCAGAGAAUCCAGGACAGAGAGAAAGAGGUGAAGCUACUUCAACAGGAGGUGGAGGUAUUCAAUCGCUCUGCCGAUGAAGCGGUGAAGGACAGCGAGAAGAUCUUCACCGAGCUGAUCCGUGUCAUGGAGAAAAGAAGCUCCGAUGUGAAGCAGCAGGUCAGAUCCCAGCAGAAAAGUGAAGUGAGUCGAGUGAAAGAGCUUCAGGAGAAGCUGGAGCAGGAGAUCUCUGAGCUGAAGAGGAAAGACGCUGAGCUGAAGCUGCUCUCACACACAGAGGAUCACAACCAGUUUCUACACAACUACCCCUCACUGUCUACAGACUCGUCCGGCAUCGAUAUCCGUCCUCUGAGCUACUUUGAGGACGUGACGGCGGCUGUGUCAGCAGUCAGAGAUAAACUACAGGACGUUCUGAGAGAGAAGUGGACAAACGUCUCACUGGCAGUGACCGAAGUGGACGUUUUACUGUCACAUUCACAAGCAGAGGCCAAGACCAGAGCUGGAUUCUUAAGAAAUUCAAGUGAAAUCACACUGGAUCCAAACACAGCACACACAAAACUGUUAUUAUCUGAGGGGAACAGAAAAGCAACAGUUAUGAGUGAACCACAGUCUUAUUCUAGUCACCCAGACAGAUUCAGGAGAUAUUGUCAGGUCCUGAGUAGAGAGAGUCUGACUGGACGUUGUUACUGGGAGGUGGAGUGGAGCGGACGACGAGUUCAUGUAGCAGUCGCAUACAAGAAUAUCAGCAAAUCAGGGAGAUGUAGAUUUGGAUUGAGUGACAACUCUUGGGCGUUACGUUGUGAGAAAAACAGUUUUACAUUUUGGUACAACGAUAUCAAAACUCCCGUCUCUGGUCCUCAGUCCUCCAGAGUAGGAGUGUACCUGGAUCACAGUGCAGGUAUUCUGUGUUUCUACAGCGUCUCUGAAACCAUGACUCUCCUCCACAGAGUCCAGACCACAUUCACUCAGCCUCUCUAUGCUGGACUUUGCUUUUAUUGUUUUGCAGACACUGCUGAGUUCUCUAAACUCAAAUAGUCAGAAGUGAUUUAAGGAACGGCAAAUACAUUUCUGUGUUUUCAUUUUUAAACUAAUUUUGUGUCCAUAAUUGUCGCUGAGAGCUGAUUUUUCUUCACCUGUCAAUCAAACAUCAUGGGCGGUACUUUGACUUCUUCUCAUUGUUGUUCUGUAAAUGUUUGAGUUUCUUUAGGUGGAGCUCCUUUCUGUGUCUGUUUAGCCAUGGAGGCUAUCACUGCUCAUGAUGAUCUUUGUUGACCUGAACUGAUAUUUCUCUUCAUGAAAAUGUAAACUGCUCUGAAUGUUUGUUGAAUAUUUGUUAGUUGUUGUUUCUCUUCCACUGCAUGGCUCUUAAAGAGAAAUCACCAGAGCUUCUUUUAUCAAAGAUAUUUAGUUCUCAGCACUCUUUGUAAAGAUUUAUUUAAGUGAAAUUACAUUAAUUUUCUAUAACAGAUUAAAUAUUGUUCUUGUUGUUUUCUUAAUCGUUGUACAAAAGAGGUACUAUGAUGUAUAAUAUAACUAAUUAUUAUAAUCAUAAUCAAUAAGGAAAUCAUUCAUUAUUCUCUUUUACAAAACUGAGAUUCUGGUUAAAUAUAUUUGAAUGCUCUGAGUUUUUGUCAGACAUUUUACGGUUCUUGGAAAUGGGUUCUUGCUGCAACUUUGCGUGCUAUAGCAGAAGAGAAUUUUAAUAAUUUAAUAAUAUUGUUUGGGGAUUUUCCACAGCACAUGAAAAGGCAAAAACAGACAAAGUAGAAACAAAAAGGACAGAUAAGAAACAAAGCACAGUUCAAAUAAAUAAGGAAAUAAACUGCUGCAUUACUAGCACUUCUUUGCCCAAACACUCAAUGAGAGAGGUGGACUAUAACAAUAACAAUUAUACGUUGUUUGUUACUGGUCAAGUUAGGACUGAGUAAGGUGAUCCAGAAAUGUCUGUCAUGUAUCCAAAAAUGUAUUAAGAUUAUCCAUCAUGCCGUAUCAAACUUCCUUAAUAUGUAAUAGACCAGUGAGCUCGGUUAACCAGGUGUUAAAAUGGAGCCAGUGUCUGACUUCCAGAACCAGAAAAACUAUAUCUUAAGCUGCUGUUGAAAUUCUUUUUAAGACAUUAGGUGCUCAGAAACCUGAUAGGUAAUGUAAGCAGACAACAUCACAGGCUCUUCUCCGCCUGCAAGAGAAGAGCUGAGAGAUAAUCCUCGGCUACAGACAGUCCAAGCACUGUUCAAAAGAUUCAAAGCGGUUAUGUAAGCUCACCAACUGAAAUAAUACACUGGAGUGUACGACACAGUAAGAUAGAAACACAUCAAGGUGAGAUAGAUGAUUACCUGAAGAUAGGGAAUGUGUUUGCAGAAUGACGAAUGUCUGAUGAUGAAAUUUCUCUUACUGAGUUCAGCUGGUUAUUGACAGCAGUGUUCCCGGUCUACUAAUGUUGUUUUCUUGACUUCGCACAUGACCUCAGACUUUUCAUGUUAGCCAUGGGUACAGCAUUAUAACUGCAAACUCCAUUACAGCUAUUCCAACACGAGGUGUGCCUGUGCUUGAAGUCACUAUUGUAUGCAAUGUUCUCUGCCUGGAAAAUGGUUAACGUACCUCUUUUGUGACCACCUUACCGAAAGCUAUACCACUCUAACUUAAAUUGUAAUUUUUCACAUUAAAUGUCACUAUGUAACUUUUGUUAUCGACAGUGUGUGUAUGUUUUUCUCUCUAAAUCUUUCAAUGGAUAAUCAUGCCUGACUCCAAUUAUUGAUAGAGAAAGCUGAGCAACACUUGCUGGAAGAUGAAAAUGUCACACCUUAGUGAAAUAUUAAUUUAAGUGCUGCUAGGCCUAGUCCUACUGCAAAUGCCCUCAGAAUGCAAUGCGCGUGUGUGUGCAUUUGUAUGUUUGCUCGUCUGCAGCAUCCAUGGGGAGUCUUUACUCAUCUAAUCACUUCACUCCCCUGAGUCGGCAUGCUAAUUAGGUCUAAAAUAUACAUCAUAGUUUAUCUCGUCUUUUUAAUUAAAAGUUGAUGGUUGCUCUUCAGCUAUCAAGCAAUAUGCUUUAAAAAGACACGUUUCCAGAAAGUGCGGCUUAUAGGUGCCAUUUUAAGAACCAAAAAUACCCAACUUUAUGGGAAAAUUGAAUGCUAUAUCAUUAUUUCUGUUCUCAGAAAAGGUGCAUCAUUGCCUGUAUAACUGAGCAUGUGAAUAGCAAGGAAUAGCUAAAAUGAGGAAAUCAAAAGUGAUCUGGCACAGGGUAAUUAUUUCAGGCACUGAGCGGCGGAGUACACUUUU